GCGGUUUCUGCCCCACUUCACCGUCCUGCCUUACUCGCACUGUCUCCCGUUCUGCGGGCCCACAGCUGUCUGUAAGUUCCAGGUUGACCAGAAAGUCAACCUUCGAACCUCCAGAUUUGUCGAUAGGCUUCUCAGCAUAACGACACUAGGGGUCGCGACGAUGGAGAGCCCGCACGAACAUCAGCAGAACCUACUUCUGUCACGUAUUAUCACCAAUGUGGAGAAACUUAACGAAGCUAUUGUGGUGAUGAACAAGACUCUCCAGGAGAUCAACAUUCAAAACAUGAACAUAGAGCUUGUUGCCCAGAUGUUCAAAAACUACCAAUCGAAUGUGUUGUUUCACUUGGAGGCAACCGACAACCUUAAAGAUCCAGCAUGAAGACGGUGGUGUUUGUGGUCAUGGCUUUCUUGUUUUGGGUCUAGGUGUGCCGUUUACGUAAUUACCGUACAACUCACGAAGGCUGGUUGGACCCGCGAUAAUCUCCGUAUUGAUUGCACUGUGCGUGUGACGACGGGACGCGAUCCCUGUGCUGCAGCCCCAAACACCCAUGGUAAGCUCCAGCCGCCACUCGAGG